CACAUACUGAGACACAUUCUAUAACAAAAUGAUAGUGACUGUACACGUUCCGAGUCUCCAGCAAGAGUUCAAGCUUGAACUGGGCGGAGAUAUGGAACUGGGUAUACUGAAGCUCAUUCUGGAAGGUGAUUCAGGGGUGGAACAGGAAAAGAUGAGGGUGUUCAGAGGCGACCAGCAAUUGGCAGACGAUUCCACGACGUUGAAUGGAUAUGGCCUGAAGCACACUGACAAACUUAGUGUGCUUAUACCCGGCGAGAUCAUCACCACACCGACCUGGUUUGUCCGUACCCAGGACAACGAAGAUCCCGCAACUGUGUUCAGGCACAUGCAGAAUGAUCCCUACGCACUUGCGCAUUUGGGCCAAAAUGCACCUGUCCUCGCCGACGCUGUCAAGGCCAAUGAUUUGGCCAAAUUCACAGAAAAUUUCAAUCAGGCGAUUGCGGCACAACAGAAACGCGCGGCAGAUGAUAAGAACAUGAGGGCUCGCCUGGCACAAAAUCCGAAUGAUACUGAGGCCAAAGCGUUCAUGGAUAACGUGGCGCGCCAGAAAGAAGUCGACGCAAAUAUGCACCAUGCUAUGGAGCACUACCCUGAGGCCUUCUCCCAGGUCCACAUGUUGUACAUACUCUGCAAGGUGAACGGUCACAGUGUGAAAGCCUUUGUAGACUCUGGCGCCCAAAUGACUAUCAUGAACGAAGCAUGUGCCAAAAGAUGUGGUAUUGACCGUCUUCUCGAUACAAGGUGA